AUGGAGUUUUUAUUGUGCAUGAAAAAGAAACGUGACAAUAAUAUGUUAAAUAAGCCAAUCGUGAAGAACCACAUAUUCUAUGAUUCCAUGUGUGUGAAAUAUUCAGAGGAAGUAAUUCUAUUGAGAUGGUAGAUUAGUGAUUGCCUGGGGUAGGGUGGGAGAGGUAGAGGGAUUUGGAGGUGAUGUCUAAAAGGCACAAGAUUUCUCUGUGGAGAGGAUGAAAAACGUUCUAAAACUGCGGUAAUAGUUAUAUGCCUUUGUGAAAAUACUAAAACUUACUGAAUUUUACACCUUAGGUGGAUGAAUCAUACGGUAUGUGAAUUAAAUCUUGAUAAUAAAGCUGUUACCAAGAAAAAAGAAUAUCACAAUCAACCCCAACCACUCGUCAACUGUAUUGGACAUUUCCCCAAUUGCAUUUCAUAUGCCCCUACAGAUAGGCUCCAAUUUCCAAGUUUGAAUCUUUUCCUCAGAUGGCCAAAAUUGGCAUACAUGCUUACAAAGAUAUUGCUCAUUGGAUUUAUUAGGUAUUUAAAGGUUUUAGGAAAAUCAGAUGUAGUAAAUUUGUUAAUACGUUUGGAAAUAUCUAAACAGUAGUUCCCAAACUGUGUGUGUGCCCAUGGGGUGGGAGGGGUUAAAAUUCCAAUCCCCAGGUAGCAGUGCACACCAAUUAAAUCAGUAGCUGAGGGUAAAAAGCAGCACAUCAAUAAGUUUAAUGAUUUUCUAGGUGAUUCCAAUGUGUUGUUAAGUUUGUGAAAUUUAAUUUAACCUUGUGAAUCGUGAACGAUGUUUCAAGAGGUUCUACUUUGUUAAACUUAGGAGUUUAAUUAUUCCUAAUGUGGGAAUAAAAUGAAAGGUUUACCCAGAAAUCCUAUUGAACUUCAGAUAAAAAUUUUGAAAACGUACCAUUGAAUUUUUAAAGUACCUACUUUCUAGAUAUUGAAUAUCAGAAAUGUGACUAUUUAGAUCAGAAAAAGUGCAGUAUACUUUCCUCCACCAGUGACGUCGUCCCCUUAGGACUGAUACUUCCCAGGGACAGCGGGGUCACGGAAGGUUUCACCAGCAAGUGCUUGAGACUGAGGAGAGUUCGAGUUCUGGAGUCUCUUUUCCCCCACGGCCCGGAAAAGGAUCGCACUGGCCAGGAAGUUUUGCCUGGCAUCCCCGCAGCCCGGGCGGUGGCUCCAGGGUGACUCGCUGGCCAUGCCCGCGCCGCCGCCACCCGGAGGCGGGGGAAGCUCGGGACGCGCGGCCGCAGCGGAGAUGAGCCCGGGGGCGCGGCGCGCGCGGCUCCUGCUGCUGCUGCUCCUGUUCCUGCUGCUCCAGCUGCGGACCGUGGCCGCGCAGCGGCGGCCUCCGCGAUCCCAUUCUCUGCGCUACCUCUUCAUGGGUGCCUCAGUGCCAGACCUUGGGCUGCCCCUGUUUGAGGCCCGGGGCUACGUGGAUGACCAGCUGUUCGUGUCCUACAGUCACGAGACUCGCCGUGCAGAGCCUCGUGCCCAGUGGGUCCGGACAGGGGCUGCCAGCCAGCUGUGGCUACAGCUGAGUCAGAGCCUGAAGGGGUGGGAUCACAUGUUCAUCGUCGACUUCUGGACCAUUAUGGACAAUCACAACCACAGCAAGGUAACGAAGCUCGGGGUAUCGUCGGAGUCCCACACCCUGCAAGUGAUCCUGGGCUGUGAGGUGCAAGAGGACAACAGCACCACAGGGUUCUGGAAGUAUGGGUAUGAUGGACAGAACCAUCUGGAAUUCUGCCCUGAGACACUGGACUGGAGAGCAGCGGAACCCAAGGCCCAGGCCACCAAGCUGGAGUGGGAAGUGAACAAGAUUCGGGCCAAACAGAACAGGGCCUACCUGCAGAGGGAUUGUCCUGAGCAGCUGUGGCAGCUGCUGGAGCUGGGAAGAGGGGUUCUAGACCGGCAAGUGCCCCCUCUGGUGAAGAUGACUCAUCAUGUGACCUCGGCAGUGACCACCCUCCGGUGUCAGGCUCUGAACUUCUACCCCCAGAACAUCACCAUGAAGUGGCUGAAGGACAGGCAGCCACUGGAUGCCGAGGAUGUUGAGCCUAAGGAUGUGCUGCCCAACGGGGAUGGGACCUACCAGAGAUGGGUAGCCUUGGCUGUGGCCCCUGGGGAAGAGCAGAGAUACACCUGCCAGGUCGAGCACCCAGGCCUGGAUCAGCCCCUCACUGCCAGUUGGGGUAUGGUUGGGAGCCAGGUGCUAAGGAAAUCUGUUGUGGGUGGAACCAGAGGGGUUAGCGUGGCAGUGAGGGGGUUCUGCAUGAGGCUGGGGCCAUGGUUACAGCUUGAACUAGCUUUUGCUCUUUCAGAGGCCCCGAUGUCCGGCACCCUGGUCGUUGGCAUCAUCAGUGGGAUUGCUGUUUGCAUCUUCGUCCUUUUUACUGGAAUUCUGUUCAGAAUCUUAAGAAAGAGGCAGGCUUCAAGAGGAGCCAUGGGUGACUACGUGCUGGCCGAAUAUGAAGAAAAUGAAGCACGGAGUGUCUCACAGCCUGCCAGGGCUAGGGGCAGAUUUCCAGCUCGUCAGUCUGACUCUGAUCCAUCUCACACACCACUGCAUCCAGACGGUUGAACUGUGCCCAGGAAAUGGAGAAAGGAGGGACAUGGCUCUUCUGUGGUCCCAGUGUUUUACUGCUCAGUGAGCUUGACCAAGAUGGAGGGAAACAGCAGAAAAUAAGCUCAGUCAUUUCCUUUCAAAGUCUCUGGUGAGAGAACUCCAGGAUGUGGAUCUCACUGGUCUGCCACCACCCGUCUGCUCUGUCUGGCAUCUGUCCUAGGCCCCAGGGUCAGGACGGUGAUCGGUGGUGCCAGUUAGUGGUUAUGGUGGACCUUGAACUAUUUUCGCUCUGCUGGUGCCUCCAGAGUCAGAACACUGGUGGCAUUUCCCUCCAUGAAACAGAGCAACCUCUGUCAUAUUAAAGAUGGCAAAAUGGAAGCCACUGAGUGGCCUGGAGAAACCCUGGCAUCUUCCUGGGGUUCCUGGGAGUCUGGUUCUCUUCCCCAAUUGUGCAUAUUAAAAAAAGAAACCUAUCGGGAUGUCUGGGUGGCUCAGUCGGUUAAGUGCUUAAGCGUCUGCCUUUCAGCUCAGACCGUGAUCUCAGGGUCUUUGGUUUGAGCCCCAUCGGGCUCCCGCUCAGCAGUGAGUUGGCUUCUCCCUCUGCCCCUACACCAAUCAAACUUCUUGCUAGUGCUCUUUUUCUCUCAAAUAAAUAAAUAAAAUCUAAAAAAAGAAACUGCUUUAACCAGGCUGCUCAGGAAUUACUGGAUUCUGGAAAAGUAAUUCAUCUGACCAUGUUCAAAAGAAUACUAACAUAGACACCCAGAUGGCAUGUGAUUAUUUUAUGCUGCUCUGUACAUUUGUCUGCAUAACUCUGGAACAAGGCAUUCUGUCUUGGAGGGUAGGUGCCUCAAAAGACCAAAUAAAGCUCAACAGUUUGUUUGGUGGGUAAUGAAUUUGGGCAAAGAGACCUCAACCAUUUUUUUAAACUUUUUUUUCUAAAAAAAAGAAAACAUUGGUUAAGUUCUGCUGGGAGAUACAGGCAAAAAUUCUUGGCUAUGUUUUAGCAAUGUAGUCUUACAGGGUUAAGUGUGCUUAACAGAAGGUUACUAAAGUUGAAUGAAGAAAAGUACAUGUAAUUUGUGCUUAUUGUAGAAAAACUGAAAAUGAGUUAAAUUGAAACUAUCAUUCCAUUAGUUAGUGAUAAACCCUAUUAACUAUUUGUGUAUUUCCUCUCAGUACUGCUAUAUUAAAAUCAACAAAUACAUAUAAAAUCAAGAAAUAUAUUUUAAUAAACAUACAAUUAAUUC